AUGGAAACAACUGCUGACAUUUUGAUAGCGAGCAGAAAGCCAACGCUAACCGGUUCAGCCUUCCAGGGAUUACUUGGCCUGACAGAUACACUUGAGAAAAAAGGCAGAGGGGUUGGCAAAGGUGAUACAAAUGGCUACUUGGAUGGUCCCUCUGGGUGGACAAGUUCUGUGAAAGCAGUUAAGCGGGAGACACGAGAACCAGAAAUGCCGGCUUCCUACAGACCUCCCUUACGUGGACUCAAGAAGCAAAUGAGCAGCCUGGGUUCUGCUGCAAUAGAUCUUGCUGAUAAUGCUGAAGAAACCCAUUAUGCUACUGAAAGUAGUGAGCUCUCUUUGUUUAAAACAACUCGUCCUACUGUUAGAGAUGCUCACGUGUCUGGAAACCUUUCAGACCACCAGACAGAUGCUCUAGAUGUCAGCUUCGAGGCAGUGCAAAACAUCUUUCAGGACAGAGAGCAUCAGAUUUUUCUUAUGGUACUGGGUGCUAUUGUGCUUUGGGAGUUGUUGGCGACUUCUCUCGAAUGGACAGUGGAUGAGAGUCUCUAUGAAUAUCUUGACUUCAUUGACGCGACUGACAGGUACGGCAAGCUGUGGAUUUGGAGUUACCUGGGUGCAUCUGUAGGCGCCUGCAGCAUUGGCGUAUUUGUGGAUCAACUGAAUUGCUUCCUCAGCGGUACAAUCACCCGCCUCGCUGUCCAUUUCUAUGGCUAUGCUCUCCUGAUAACGCUGUCAUUGCUUGUCAGUGUCUUUUUUCCCAUCCAUGUUCCCAAGAAAACCGACCGUGUUAACAAAACUGCCAAAGCCCUGGCCCUACUGUGGAGCGAUGGCCGAGCAAUCCUGUACACCAUCACCGUCUUCCUCACUGGUGCGGCUGGGUCUGCAGUGCACAACUUUCUAUUCUGGCAGAUGCAGGACCAAGGCAGCAGUCAGCUGUACAUGGGGCUCUCUGUGGCUGUUGGGCUACUUGCUGAAAUUUUGCUUUAUUUCUUCAAAGGGAAGUUGCUGAGGACUUUCUCGAGCAGCAAAAUUGUUGCAGUGAGUCUAAGUCUCUUGGCAGUACAGCUUCUCUGCUACUCCUUCUUGUGGACUGUGUGGUCAGUUCUCCUUAUCCAGAUCUUAUCCGCCUUCAGUAGCGGUGCUUUGUGGUGGGUCGUUAACGUGGCAGUGGAUGACAUAGCCGCUCCAGGCAUGGAGAGGUCUCUGCACACUGUUCUGCAGGGCCUCUGCUACAGUGGAGGAGCAAGCUUGGGCAGUUUUGCGGGAGGAUUUGUCGUGAAGCACUUUGGCCUUGCAGUUCUGUACAGGGCAUGCUGCGUGUGCCUGGUGCUGUGGCUCUUCUUGUUCUUAAUUGUCCAAUCUAAGUUGCCACGGCAGAAAAAAAUUAAUUAUUCUCGUCUCCUGGCUGCUGAUUCCAGUGAUAUGAGUGACUCUGAUGAGGAGAAUGAGAGAGAUUGGCUGGUAAAAGCUAUGAAGGAUGAAAGCUUUAAUAGGAGUUGGUCACAACAGCAUAGGAUUAACUAA